UUUAGUUUACCGUCGCAAUAAUACUAAUUUCAACGUCCCCAGAUCGAAAGUCUGUAAAGUUCCUCGCCGGAGAAGCGUCAUCCCCGCCGUCAACCAGUGUUCAGUAACUGAGGAAGAGCUAUGGGAAGCCAAGAACAAGUGAAGCAUCUUGAGGAGUGCUCCGUUUCAAAUGCGCUGGGCACUUGGGUAUUCUCAGUAGCAGGAGCGUUGCUAGCAAUUCCAGUGGGAAUAAAGAGGAAGUCACUGGCACCCCUUGUGUUUUUUGGCACAACUGGUACAAUGCUUGAUAUCAUAAUGGGAAUCAGUGCCUGUGAAAGAGAACAUGCUGAGCGUCAAAUGAAGCUAUUAGAAGCCCAAAACUCUGCAGCCGAAGCUUCUGUUAACGAAUCUGAGUCCCUUUCUUGAUAUCAUUGCUUACACGGUUGUAUCAGAUGAAUAUCUUUGUGGCAUGGCCCUUGGCUGAUUUGUUACAGCCUUCUUUCUUCAAACCCACAGUGACACUGAAUGAGUUAUGGUUUCACGAGAACUGUCUUGACUUUGUUGUUGAUCGAAUUGAUCAUAACAUAUAUUGAUCAUAUAUGAUAUGAAUCAAGACAUCUCAAUAAUACAAUAUGAACUUGAAG